UCUUGAUACUUGUUGUUAAAUGUUUGACUUUUUUUCAGUUUAAUUUUUACUCUUCUAGAUGAAUCAUCCAACAAUCAGAAUUUUCUGUUAACCAGUUAUUAUCUCACUGAUCUCAGUUGUUAUUUAUCCUUAGGUGAAUAUUAAUUAAUUGUAAUUAUGUCAGUUACUUGGCGAUCAACAACAACUCACAAUGUCUCCAAGCGAGUGGUUAAAUCAGAAGAUUCUGAUGAUUGGGAAACUGAUCCCGAUUUUGUGAACGAUGUAUCAGAAGAGGAGCAACGUUGGGGAUCCAAAACGGUCUCAGGCUCCCGAAGAGUCGUCGGUGCUUUAGAUGUCAAUGAGCUUCAAAAGAAGGUUGAAAUUGAACAUCAAAAGUUUAAAGAGGAAUUCAUUCAUGGCUCUCAAACUGAUUCCAAGAAAGGAUUCGGAGGUAAAUUCGGUGUGGACAGUGAUCGUGUCGAUAAAUCAGCUGUUGGCUGGGAAUAUCAAGAGAAAUUAUCUAAACAUGCCUCCCAAAAGGACUAUUCAACAGGCUUUGGUGGUAAAUUUGGUGUACAAAAAGAUCGAGUUGAUAAAUCGGCUUUAAGUUAUGAUCACAAGGAAGUCCUAGAUAAACAUGCUUCUCAGAAAGAUUAUACUACUGGUUUUGGUGGUAAAUUUGGAGUUCAAAAAGAUCGUGUUGACAAAUCAGCUGUUGGUUGGGAACAUCAUGAAACUGUUGAGAAACAUCAAUCACAAAAAGAUCAUUCAAUUGGGUUUGGUGGUAAAUUUGGUAUUCAAAAGGAUCGUGUUGAUAAAUCAGCUCUUGGUUGGGAGUAUCAUGAGAAACUUGAAAAACAUGAGUCACAAAAAGAUUAUACCACUGGAUUUGGUGGUAAAUUUGGUAUCCAAAAGGAUCGAGUUGAUAAAUCGGCUGUUGGCUGGGAACAUCAUGAAACUGUCGAGAAACAUCAAUCACAGAAAGAUCAUUCAAUUGGAUUUGGUGGUAAAUUUGGUAUUCAAAAAGAUCGGUUAGAUAAAUCAGCUGUUGGCUGGGAGUAUCAUGAAAAGGUUGAGAAACACGAGUCUCAAAAAGACUAUUCUAAAGGAUUUGGUGGAGCUUUUGGAAUAGAAAAGGACAAGGUUGACAAAGCGGCUCAUCUGUGGAAUGAGAAAGGUGAUGAUAAUGAUGAAGAUUCUAAGAGAAGUAGCCGAGGAAGUUCAGUUGAACCAGAGGCUAUUGUCAAAGGAAAAGCGAGCAAUUUACGUGCUAAAUGGGAAAAUUUAUUCUCGGAUAAAGGAGAAGAGGACAAAAAGAAGGUGGAAGAAGAACGUGUUCGAAGGCUGGAAAGAGAGAAAAAAGAAAAGGAAGAAGCUAAAAAGUCAGAAGAGGCUCGACAAAAAAGGUUAAGCGCUGAAGCACCGCUUGAAUCAGAAAAGACGGAAGAAACUCAAGAUGAACCUGAGGACGAAUCUAGUGAAUCGAAAGAUACCAAGUCACCCAAAGUUAAUCGUAUCGGUGUUUCUGUUUUUCCGUCCGCUUUUCGAUCAUCUAAUGCGAGUAGCAUUGGCUCACCUUUGGUAACCGAAAGCUCAUCAGCAGAAGUUGAACAUGAACAGAUUGAAGGAGGCUCAAUACUGAAGGAAAAAAGUGAGAAACACAUUGAGAAGAUGGAAAAACUUGAAGGUGAUGGAUCAAAAAUUGAAAAGAUUGAUGUUUUCUCAGAGAGACAAGAAGUUCAUAGAGCAAAUUAUGGAAUUGUCGAGGAAUCAUCCAAAGUUGAAUCCAAGGAAGAAACAGUCUGGCGUUCAUCCUCUCCCCUGGAUACCUCUGAAUUCUCAAAAAUUGCCGAUAAAUUUAGUGAAAUAAAAGUAACCAGUAAAUCAGAAUCAAAGUCUUCCUCAUCCUCCUCAACAAUUAAAACCACAUCUGAUGGUAAAAUUGAAAAAAUAAGCUCACCAUUGAGCCACCAUGUCCAAGAAUCAACAGUUCCAUCGCCAUCAUCAUCCGUCCAACAACAAGCACCACCAACACCACAACAACAGCAACAGUCACCAACCUCAUCCAACCUCAAAGCCAUUGCCUUAUAUGAUUAUCAAGCUGCUGAUUUCGAUGAAAUCUCAUUCGACCCUGAUGAUAUAAUUACAAGCAUUGAAAUGAUCGAUGAUGGCUGGUGGAGAGGAGAGUGCAAAGGCGCUGUUGGCCUAUUCCCCGCUAAUUAUGUCCAACUAAUGGAAUAGUCUGGAAAUUAAUUUUACAAAGAAGCCAAUUUAAAUAUAUUCAAUUUUAUUGCAAA